AUGCUGAGGUCAGGGGCAACGGCAGUGAGCGGCAUACUCGUCGGGCUGGCCAGAUACUCGCUCGCGCUGGCGGCCCUCAGCCCCUUCGGCAAGGUGUACUGGCGCUGCAUGCGUGCCCUGCGGCAGCAGUGGGAGCGGCACCUGACUGGCCACUUCCUGGAGACCUUUGUGGAGGCGCAGUGCCUGGGCUACGGCGAUUGCCAGGGGCGCGCCAGGACCGCAGCGAGCGAUCGCACCGAUCGGCACCCCGACCAGAGGAUCGCUAACGACGUGGGCAAGUUCGUGCAGCUCUGCACGAGCCUCUCGCUGGAGUGGCUCGAGGCCUGCAUCCACCUUGGCACGUCAUGGUGGCGGCUUUCUUCUCUGGCGUGCUCCGCGACAUCUCGCCGGUGCUCAACCGCGGCGUGCUCGUGGGCGCUGGGCUGGGCACCGCCCUCACCACCUGGCUGGGCCGGCGGCUGGUCCGCCUCUACGACGAGGAGCGCAGCGCGGACAGCGACUUCGUCUACUCGCUGA